UAUUCAACCGAGUCGAAAACUCCAAAUUAUAAAAAAGCAGUAGAGAGAGAAUUCGAGAGUGAGAGAAUACUGGCAUUAAAAACUUGGCUAUAGGAGCGGGCACAGCAAAUGAAGUUCGGAGAUGGCUCUAAUGGCAACGACGGCCAAGAUCACUAGGGUUCUGAGCAGCCUAACCAACAAAAACUCGAGUAUCCUUUCUGGGUCUCUCUCCAAUGGCGUUUUACCCAAGAUUCUGGUCGACCCAGUUGGAAGUUUCGGGUCAUUCUCGUCCUCUGCCUCGGCGACUCCUUUGGAAUCGGAGUUGGUGGGUUCAAGACUGCUGGGACUGAAAGAUUACGAAGAUUAUAGGAGGGCUCUGUACGGUGGCAUCACUCACAAGGCUCUCUUAGUUGAUGUUGCUGGCACUCUUCUUGUUCCUUCUCAGCCAAUGGCCCAGAUAUACAGAAAGAUUGGUGAGAAAUAUGGGGUGGAGUACUCCGAAGCUGAGAUAUUAAACAGAUAUAGAAGGGCUUAUGAGCAGCCUUGGGGUAGAUCUCGACUCAGAUAUGUUGAUGAUGGGAGACCUUUCUGGCAAUUUAUUGUUAGUUCUUCCACUGGCUGUUCAGAUUCUCAGUAUUUUGAGGAGCUAUAUAACUAUUAUACUACUGAAAAGGCUUGGCACCUCUGUGAUCAGGAUGCUGAGAAAGUAUUCAAAGCUCUAAGAAAAGCAGGUGUCAAAUUGGCUGUUGUGUCAAAUUUUGACACUCGAUUGAGACCUCUUUUACGGGCUCUGAAUUGUGAUCACUGGUUUGAUGCUGUGGCAGUUUCAGCUGAAGUUGAAGCAGAGAAGCCAAAUCCCAUGAUAUUUAUAAAAGCUUGCGAGUUAUUGGGAGUUAAACCAGAGGAUGCUGUUCAUGUAGGGGAUGAUCGUAGAAAUGAUAUAUGGGGUGCCAGAGAUGCAGGUUGUGAUGCCUGGCUUUGGGGAAGUGAUGUCCACUCCUUGGAGGAGGUGGCUCAAAGGAUAGGAGUGCAGAUCUGAAUAAACAUUGCGCGACAUCGGAAGGGUGUUUUCAAUGUAUAAAGUGCUUUCUUAUGAGUUGUAUAUAUUUUGGUCUUUUGUAAUAUAUAUGAGAGAGAUCAGAGAGGUGAUGGUACGAGUAAUUUGAUAGUGCAAUGUAGAGCAAUUAAAUGAUGGCAUUAGCAAAGACCAUUUGGUUUCUUUAUCA